GACAGCAUACAGGAAAGGCAAGGGCGUUCUUCCCGGGACCACGAUUGUCUGGUGCUUCUUGCGCACAAAAAACUGAUCGUUCGCUACGUGCGCGACUGAUAACAGCUAAUCCUCGCAGGUUUCAGGGAGUUUUCUUUAGCUUAAAUUUGUGAGGAAUAUCUCUUUUCUACAAUUUUGCGCAACGAUUUCUUAAUUUUGCGCGCCGCUCGCCUGGAAGAUUUAGAGGAAGAGCGAGGGAGUUGGAUUCGCAGUGGGCGAGGAGAUCUUGUUAGGGUUUCGAACGGGGUCGCAGAGGCGCCCAGCUGCCGUGCCAACCUCGAUGAGCAGAUCGAGCAGCUCAUGCGGCGCAGACCACUGUCGGAACAGGAGGAGAGGAAGACAGAAGGGAAACCAGUGAUUUGACAGAGAAAGGACAUAGAUACAAUGGAGCCACCAUUGUCAGAGGCACUACUAUAUAGUGUGACUGAGUUUGGCUUUGUAUCUUCCAGCAGCAAUGUACAACUUGAAUUACUUCAGAGAUACUGUCAAAAAAUCAAUCACAUCCUUGAGAAUUUUAAACCAGUAUGUGAUGAAAUUGUUGCUUCCGGUAUAUCAUUGGAUGUGAAACUAGUCAAAGUGUUGGAUGAACUUGAAGCUGCAAUUAAUAAAGCAAGGGAACUUAUCCUUAGUUGGCAUCCAUUGAUGAGUAAAAUUUAUUUUGUUUUGCAGAUAGAAACCAUUGUUACAAAGAUUUAUUCUUCUACACAUGAAAUAUGUCAACUGGUUACUUCUGUGCUUCUGUCUCCUGAAGAUAGUAUGGCUGUAAAAUGCAUGGAGGAAAUUCAGUUCUUGGAUGAGAAACAAAUAUCGGUUGCUAUUGAAAAAGCAAUUAGAGAUCAGUCAGACAAUGGUUUCCCCAGUUCCGAGUAUUUAAAUAUAAUUUCAAGCUCUCUGAGCUUGUUGUCUAAUGAAGAAUUGCUGUUGGAGGUUGUCACACUUGAGAAGCUCAAAGUGAAGCUCGGUUGCAACCAUAAUACCCUACUAGAAAUAGAGGACAUUGAUAACAUCAUUGCUCUUUUCACUUAUAUGCAUGAUUGCUAUACUAAGAUCCAUCAGGUGCGCACUGUCAAUGGUGUUUCUGUUCCUGCUGACUUCUGCUGCCCACUUUCUCUAAAUCUGAUGUCUGAUCCUGUCAUUGUAGAAUCCGGUCAAACUUAUGAGCGUGCUUUCAUACAAAAAUGGCUUGAUCAGGGCAUUGAUGUUUGUCCUAGAACACGUCAAACACUUAGGCAUUCAAAUUUGAUCCCAAAUUUCACCGUUAAGGCACUAAUUGCAAACUGGUGUGAAUCAAAUGAGAUUAGGCUUCCUGAUCCACUGAAUUCCACAAGUUCAAAUUUUCCUUCAUUCCUAGAACUUACAGAUGUGAGUGAUAAUGAUCUUGUCUCUCAUGCUGGUCACGCGAUGAAUACUAACCUUCCAAGAGCUCUUGAAUCUUAUGGUAAAGCAUCUUCACAGAAGGAUUCACAUCCAUCAAAUGGUUUGACAUCUCAGGAGACUUAUGUUAGUGAAAAAUCUGUAUUGUCCCCGCAUGUUUCCUCCAAUUUAGCCACUCUGCAAAUUACCAAUGGAUUGGAGACAAACCAUUCAGGAUUGCCAUUAGCAACAAUUGACUCCAAUCAGGAGUCUGGUGUGGAACUAAGGAAUGCACGUUCUGGCAGCCAAAUUGUUGACCAAUCAAAACUGGAUCUAAUCCAUGACAAUCUUGAACAACCCGGAGAUGCCAAUGUGAUUUCACAGUUUUCAAGCGAUCUGACCUAUUAUACCAGUGAUGCUUCAGGUGAACUUGCACAGGAUUCCCAAGCUUCCUCUGCCCCACGACAAGAACCUAAGUUUCCUCUAGGAUUCGUUGAGGCUCGUUCUAGAAGUCAAAAUAUGUGGAGACGUCCGUCAGCCGACUCAGCCUCUCAUGUCCAUUCUCAGUCUUUGGACUCCAGGUCUGAUCUAUCAGAUGCUGAAUCUGAAAUCCGUAAGCUAAUUGAGGAUUUAAAAAUUGGUUCCAUGGACGUGCAGAGAAAUGCCACUGGAGAGUUGCGUCUUCUUGCUAAGCACAACAUCGAAAAUAGGAUUGUGAUUGCAAACUGUGGAGCUAUAAGUUUGUUGGUUGGUCUUCUUUAUUCAACAGACCCCAAGACCCAAGAAAAUGCCGUAACAGCCCUUCUUAACUUGUCACUUAAUGACAACAAUAAGAUUGCCAUUGGAAAUGCAAAUUCCAUUGGCCCUCUGAUUCAUGUUCUUGAGACAGGUAACGCGGAAGCAAAAGAAAACACAGCAGCAACAUUUUAUAGCCUCUCAGUAAUUGAAGAAAACAAGGUUCGGAUUGGACGUUCUGGUGCUAUUGCACCUUUGGUAGAAUUAUUAGCUAAUGGCACUCCUCGAGGAAAGAAAGAUGCUACAACAGCAUUGUUUAAUUUGUCGAUAUUUCAUGAGAAUAAAGCACGGAUUGUGCAGGCUGGAGCCGUCAAGUAUUUGGUUGAGCUGAUGGACCCAGCAGCAGGUAUGGUUGACAAGGCGGUGGCUGUUUUGUCAAACCUUGCUACCGUAGCAGAAGGGAGAACUGCCAUUGCCCAAGCUGGUGGCAUCACAGCACUCGUGGAGGUUGUUGAGUUAGGAUCUACUCGGGGAAAAGAAAAUGCCGCCGCAACUUUGCUUCAGCUAUGCAUGAACAGUAGUAGAUACUGUAGGCUCGUUCUUCAGGAAGGUGCUGUGCCCCCAUUGGUAGCAUUAUCACAAGCUGGCUCUUCACGAGCCAAAGAAAAGGCUCAAUUACUUCUAAGUUAUUUCCGGAGUCAGCGCCACGGGAAUGCUGGCAGAAGAUGAGAAUCUAUCUCUAUUUUAGUGUUGGGUCCGUAGCUACUUUUAAGUGUUUUUGAACUAAUGUCUUGGAGAGCAGAGACUAAGUGUACAGUGUUCAUUGAUGUUAUUGGUUGGUUUGGUAUAAUCACAUUUUCGUAAUUUUACACAGUUAAAGAAGAUACAUACAGAUCAUUUUGAGAGGUAAUAUUUACCUCGUCGG